CUCUGCCCAGCUACUCCCCACUCAUUGUUGUCGCCAGCCCCCCGGCCCGCCUGUGCGGCAGCUUUUCCUCCUCAUCAGAGCUCUGGUUACUGUAAAGGCUCAGUUGUUUCUGCUGUUUGAUUAGACAGACCCAGGGUGGCGCCUUUGUGUUUCGGUUUGCAACUUGUAGAUUGGGAACCUCUAUGUGGACAGAGACAAUUUGAGUAUUGGGUCAGAAGAAUGAUCUUUAGCGCAGACGGGGCGACGAGGAGACAGUGUGAUUCGUCUUAUCAUGCAGUACUUGAAGGAGAACAGUUUGCAUCGGGCGUUGGCCACCUUACAGGAAGAAACUACUGUCUCUCUAAAUACUGUGGAUAGCAUUGAAAGUUUCGUGGCUGACAUUAAUAGUGGCCAUUGGGACACUGUUUUACAGGCUAUACAGUCUCUGAAAUUGCCAGACAAAACCCUCAUUGAUCUCUAUGAACAGGUUGUUCUGGAAUUGAUAGAGCUUCGCGAAUUAGGUGCUGCCAGGUCACUUCUGAGACAGACAGACCCCAUGAUUAUGUUAAAGCAAACACAACCAGAGCGCUAUAUUCAUCUGGAAAACCUCUUAGCCCGGUCUUACUUUGAUCCUCGUGAGGCUUAUCCAGAUGGAAGUAGCAAAGAGAAAAGGAGAGCAGCAAUUGCCCAGGCGUUAGCUGGGGAAGUCAGUGUGGUGCCGCCUUCUCGUCUCAUGGCAUUGCUGGGACAGGCUUUGAAGUGGCAGCAGCACCAGGGAUUACUUCCUCCCGGUAUGACCAUAGAUCUGUUUCGAGGCAAAGCAGCUGUCAAAGAUGUGGAAGAAGAAAAGUUUCCAACACAACUGAGCAGGCAUAUUAAGUUUGGUCAGAAAUCCCAUGUGGAGUGUGCUCGGUUCUCUCCAGAUGGUCAGUAUCUGGUCACUGGCUCUGUUGAUGGAUUUAUUGAAGUGUGGAACUUCACUACUGGAAAAAUCAGGAAGGAUCUUAAGUACCAGGCCCAGGAUAACUUCAUGAUGAUGGAUGAUGCUGUCCUCUGCAUGUGUUUCAGUAGAGACACUGAAAUGUUAGCAACUGGGGCCCAAGAUGGAAAGAUCAAGGUGUGGAAGAUUCAAAGUGGACAGUGUUUGAGAAGAUUUGAAAGGGCACAUAGUAAAGGGGUCACCUGCCUAAGCUUUUCUAAGGACAGCAGUCAGAUCCUUAGUGCAUCUUUUGACCAGACAAUAAGAAUUCAUGGUUUGAAAUCUGGAAAAACACUGAAGGAAUUUCGGGGCCAUUCCUCCUUUGUUAACGAGGCAACGUUCACACAAGAUGGGCAUUACAUCAUCAGUGCAUCUUCUGAUGGCACUGUGAAGAUCUGGAAUAUGAAGACCACAGAAUGUUCAAAUACCUUUAAGUCCCUAGGCAGUACUGCAGGGACAGAUAUUACCGUCAAUAGUGUGAUUCUGCUUCCUAAAAACCCAGAGCACUUUGUUGUGUGCAACCGGUCAAACACAGUGGUCAUCAUGAACAUGCAGGGGCAGAUUGUCAGAAGUUUCAGUUCUGGUAAAAGAGAGGGUGGUGACUUUGUUUGCUGUGCCCUGUCGCCCCGUGGUGAGUGGAUCUACUGUGUUGGGGAAGACUUUGUGCUCUACUGCUUCAGCACAGUCACUGGCAAGCUGGAGAGAACUCUGACGGUUCACGAGAAGGAUGUGAUCGGAAUUGCCCACCACCCGCACCAGAACCUGAUUGCCACCUACAGUGAAGAUGGACUCCUGAAGCUCUGGAAACCCUAAGGCAGCCUUGCACUGCAGCCUUGCGGUAUUCUUCUCACUCAUUCAGACAGUUUUCUUUGCAGCCAGGGAGCAAGCACUUACAUGGAGGCAUGUUUACCAUCACAGCACUUUGGAGACCUGCGGAGGAUUUACUUGUGAGCUAGCUAUCGAAGCAGGCCCUGCCUUGAGCAACCCUGCCUGCCCUGACCUCUGUGACCGUGACCUCCCUUUCUCUUUGUACAUACUUUGACACAGGUUUUCCAUAUACAUGCACAUACACACCCAAACACACAUAGAGGACUCUGGAGCCAGAGUGGAACAGCCUUGGCUGCUUGUUCCUUCUGAACUUGGGAACCAUUCCUCUUUUGGCUCUGUUUCCUGGGUGGGCUGGAGAGUAGCAGCUCCUGAGAUCUAUCUCCUAGACUACAAAUACCAGACUGAAGCACAUGUAAUAUAGACUGUGUAUGUUUACAGUGUUGGGUAUAAGUGGGACACUUUGCCCUCUGUCACCUCCAAAAAAAAAAAAAAAAAAGAUUUUAAUAAAUUUAUACCAUUC